CCGGGCACCUAUUCGGAGCAUAGCAAGCGAUCUUCUUGUUCGUUGAGACUGGAGACCCUAGGGCACAGAACAGAGCUUUUUCAUGCCUGAAGCAGAAGUUGGGCUUCAUGGAGAACCAUGCUUUCUGGGACCACUUGCCAUUACUGGUGAGGGCAAACUCAAAGGAUUCGGUGGAAUACAUCCUUCAAGCUCUCUGGCGAACUCGCACAACUGGUCUUGACACUGCCGAUCGCGGCAUCAUUCGCGACAAGCUUCAGCUCCAAAACGACGCAGAACUCGACCCCCUUCUGGUAUGUCUGCGCAUGUUGAUCCGGAAAUGUGUCUAUGAGAAUACCAACAAGGAGGAUAUUCAUAAGCUUUUCCCUAGCGAGGUUUUGCCUGAAUUGCAGAGACUGUUGACGCUUUUGCUGCAGAAGUUUCAAAGAGAGUGGCGUGAAGAUGUGCUUAAGGAUCAGGCGGCAUUGCCUCGGUUGAAAGCGAUGACAUGGAAUAUGUCCACAUCCAAUACAGAGACUCCAGACCCAGUUGCUGUUAUCAAUUUGCGGCUUCAAAAUGACGUAAAAUUUCGCUACGAUGAUUCAGAAGUGAAGUUCCAGCUUGAAAGAGAUACUUUAGAUACUAUGCUGAGGUCUAUGCAUUCUAUAGCAGAGCAAUUGUCUGAAACGGUUGCUUCCCAUUUCUGUCUCUCGCUUACUGUCAUGGUGUUACGUGGAGCAUCUUUUAUGGAGUUUAGCUUUGCCAUGAAUCGUCGUCCCUCCAAUUCCAUUGAUACAGUACUUGCAUUGAACAGUUUUGAUAUGGCAUCUGCUUUGGAGAAGAACUCCAUGUUUGCAUAUAGGCAUUCUAUAGAAAGCAUUUAAGAGACCCUUGAGUGGAGAAUCCCUCAUCUAUAGUCAUACAGGCUUAAAGAGGCUAUUCAAAGCUGUUCUUGUUGAGAGGGUGACAAAAGGAUGUAAAAGUUGUCGGGGAUACUUUUGAAAGUUUAAUUGGUUCGGUUGCUUGAUAUCUGCUGUAUCCCACAAUGGGAGAAUGUGCUGCACUUUUUUAUGGUGAUCAUCAAAAAUGUCAAAAAUCAGAACUGCAGAGAAGACCAAUUGCUUCCCACUUCUUUGCGCAACUUUGCCGCGGCUUGCUUAGUGUUUGCUGGACCAAAGUGCAUGAUUGUGUGCUGGAUUCUUUGAUGAUAAUCAUUAAAAAUGCUAAGAUUGGUAGUUAGGAUGGCCACUAAGUAUUGCAAGCAGCCAUGCUGCACCUUUUGUUGAUGAAAACUAAAUUAGCAUUUCUCCUGAGAGUCAAAAUUCUAGAUGCAAGUUGGCCCGUGGCAGUGCUUUCUUCAUGAAUCAUCCAAGGGUUUUU